AUGGCUCCUCCAAAGGGAGGAGCUCGGAAGAAAAAACCAAAUGAUUUACUUCCAAAGCUUGAGGGUCACCAUGAAGGUCCAAAGUUCAUAAUCCUCAAACGCGUGGAUGGAUCUUUCGAAAAGGUCAGUCCAAUCAUCAUUCAUAAAGGGAUCAAAACCAUCUGCGGAGAACCACUAAAUACCAUCAAACUAAGGGACGGAACGCUGCUAGUAAAAACCAAAAAUAUAAACCAGGCCAACCAACUUCUUCGCUGCAAGAUGAUGUUUGAAAUGGAGAUUACAGUCGAAGAAAACAUCAAAUUAAAUCAGACAAAAGGGAUUGUCACGUGUGCUGAUCUAAAAUACGCAACAGAAGAGGAAAUCCUGAAAGAACUGCAAGAACAAGGAGUAUGCAAUGUAGAAGUCAUGAAGCGGAAGAAGGACGGUAUAUUAAUAUCUACAAACAGCUAUGUUCUCACAUUUAAGUCCAAUGAAAUCCCUGAAAGCGUGAAAGUCGGAUAUCUCGUUCUGAGUGUUCGUCUUUUUAUUCCCCGACCGCUGAGAUGCUACAAGUGCCAGUACUUCGGUCAUUCAUCCAAGUUUUGUUCAAAAGAAGAGGUUUUUGAAACCGAACAGGAGAUCACGAGAAUUAAGGUAACCGAAAACGUGAGUGUCAGGGAAGCUCGUCAGUUGUACAAAAUCAGAUUCCUCAAUCACACCAGCACAUACAGUGAAGUAGUCAGCAACAGCCAGGAAAAGAACUCAAAUCUUAAAUGUACAGAUGACAUGCCAGUAGUUCCAUCUUUAAAUCCCCUCUUACCACUACAACAAAUGGACACUCAGUCUGCAUCGACAAGUACAAUGGACUCUGGUCCAGUUGUCGAUGAUAAUAAUAGAGCAACUAGCAUGGACUAUCAAAUAGCAAAGAUUUCUCGUCUCCUGUCGCCAGACACGGGUGAUCUCAACGAGUAUGAAAAUGAUAUCAAGAGAAUGAGAAAUACCCAAUCAUCCUUGAGUGGUAGUAGUAUUGUAUCUGCUGAUAGAGCUUCUCUCUCUAGUAAUGGAUUAUAA